GGUGAAUCUGAUCCUCUGAGCUGGAUCGUCUGAAGCUGCAUGAUCACAAACAUGAUUGUGUUGCUGUGUUUGUCUGCUCUGUUUCCCGUCUUGAUGGGCACUGAUGAGGUCAAAUCGUACGAUUUUCUUCAUACCAAAGACUGCUCUGAUAAUUAUGCGGGUGAAUAUAGCACUAGUGGUGUGUACACCAUCAUCACAGCAGAUGGACCGGUGCAGGUCUACUGUGAUGUGGAGUCCGGUGGACAAAAUGACAGAGGACACUGGACAGUGUUUCUCAGGUGAAUGGAUGGCAAGGUGAAUUUCUUUAGGCGAUGGGAGAGUUAUAAGAAGGGUUUUGGUAAUACAACAGGCGAACACUGG